AUGAUCGAACUCGGCCUUGGACGGAUCAGUCGCCUUCUCCAGCUCGCACCGCCGCCCACGUGGCGUGCCAUCCACGUUGCCGGCACCAAUGGCAAGGGCUCUGUGUGUGCCUAUCUGUCGGCCCUGCUGCAUGCUCGCGGCGUCUCGUGCGGUCGCUUCACGUCGCCGCACAUGGUCGACCGCUGGGACUGCGUCGUGGUCGAUGAGCGUGCCGUCGACAAGGCUGCCUUUCUCGAUGCCGAGCAGGCCGUGCGGCGCCGUGACCGUGAUGCCGCCAUUGGUGCCACCGAGUUUGAGCUGCUGGCCGCCACCGCUUUCGAGCUCUUCCAACGGUCGCGCGUUGCCGUCGCCGUCAUCGAGGCCGGUCUCGGCGGUGCUCUCGAUGCCACCACGGCCAUGACGGCUGAUCGUGUCGCUACCGUCAUCGCUCGCAUCGGCCUUGACCAUCAGACUAUGCUCGGCACCACCACGGCCGCCAUCGCCGCCCACAAGGCCGGCAUCAUGCGACCGGGCGUGCCCUGUGUCGUCAAUAUCGCCAAUCGUGACGGCGACUCCUCUGGAACCUCCGACUCGGUCCGCCCUGUCCUCGAGGCUCACGCCCGUACCACUACUGCCUCCCUGCUCUGGGCAGAUCCCCUCUCCGUGCUGCCGCCCGGCGUCACCGACGCUCUCGCCCUCGAGCCGCACCAGCUGUCCAACCUGGCCUGUGCCUAUGCCGCCUUUCGCAUCGCCAUCCAGGCCGACCAUGAUGCCGACUUCCUCACGUCUGUCGUCCGCCAGGUCAGCUGGCCUGGCCGUCUGCAGCGCCUCGACAUUGCACCUCUUCUGUCCACCGGUCUCUCUGCACCGCCCGCUCUCCUCGACGGAGCCCACAACGCGCAGUCGGCCGAGGUGCUGGCUGCCUACGUCGACAGACAUCUCCGCCCCGGCCAUCGCGUCACCUGGCUGAUAGCCGCCUCCCGUGGCAAAGACCUUGACUCCAUGCUGCGCCUGUUGCUGCGUCCGGGCGAUCGUGUCGCGGCCCUCGUCUUUGGCCCCGUCGAUGGCAUGCCUUGGGUCAGGCCUGCCGAUCCACAGUCUAUCCUGAACUGCGCUGCUUCGCUCGGCGUGGCGCCCGAGGACCGCUUCUUGUCUGGCAGCUCCGGUCUCACAGCCUCCCUGCAGUGGGCCGUGUCUGGCAACCGCGACAGCACGGAUCCCGUGGUUAUCGCCGGCAGCCUGUAUCUCGUCUCGGACACGCUGCGACUCCUGCGCCAGGCCAGCGGCAAGACAGGACUGUAG